AUGGCCGUGGAAUACUCAAUAUCAACUAGCGCGAUAUCUGCGGCAACCAAUGCAUAUCUCGCAGUUUAUGUGGCUUUCUCGAUACGCAAGCUUCAUUUCGCGAGAAGGAAACUGUUAGGAGUAUUGAUAUCGAUAGUGCUGGGCGCUGUUGCCUUGAUAACUGCCAUAUUUAAAUGCACAAGAUUGAAGUCAUUAGGUAGCCCUGAUUUUACCUAUGACUCCGCUGACCUGGUCAUCUGGACAAGUCUCGAGGCCGACGUGGUCAUCAUCGCUGUGUGCAUCCCAGCGAUGCAGCCUCUUAUCGACCAUCUCUUGCCGCAUCCGAGCGACGCAAGUACCAUUUCCUCUCACGCCCCGACAUCACCAACAUCCUUCACUCCACGCAAGAAGCUAUGGAGCAUCAGCCACGAUCCGGAGGCAGCAAGAGACUGGGACACGGAGAUUCAGAUCCCAGAGAUGAUCAUGGUCGAGCGAGAAUUUGAGAUCAAUGUUACAAGAAGCGUACACACAUGGACGCCAGACACGAACCCGUCGGCAGUGACGGAUGAUGAGAAGUUCCGGAUAGUGAAGGACCAAGGGCCAGACGGAACUGUCACGACGACGGUGGUUGUGAUGUCGUCGGCACCGGCCGACGUUACGAGAUUCCCGCAAGCUUGA